CUUUUGACACUGAUGAGCGGUGGAGCCGGAUGUGGGGGGGAUUCGGUUGCUGGUGACGCCGCAGGAGGUGAGGCUGUGAAUACCGCCGUGUGUGACCGGAGACCAGCGAAGGGGAAAUCUCCUCACACGUCCGCCCCGCCCCCUAACCUGCAGGCCACACCCCCAAACUACCGCAGGCCAGUGUGAACGGACACUUAAGGGUUAGCCCUGUUCUUCUCCAUGAUCUGUCAUCUCUAUUGAUGCACUUUUGGGGUGGCCUUACAGACUCCAUCAUUGAAUAUCAGGUGACAUAUAUUAAAGAGGAGCCGGUGUCCUGCAGUGGGGGUCACCAUAUCCCCCCGUAUCCUACACAGCAGUAUUCUUCAGCUCAUAAUAAGGAGGAACCCUCCUCCUCUGACUAUGAACGUGCCAUGUACUCACAUAAGUAUCCGUCCUCAGGUCCUUCACCGCUCUAUACAUCUCCAUACAUGAAGGAAGAUCCGGACCUGUACGACAACCAACAAGUCCAUGUACAGCGCACAUCUACAAAUAUGAAGGAGGAGCCCGACUCGUGGGAUAGAAGAAAUAUGUAUUUACUGUCCGGUCACACGCCACCGGAUCAUAUUAAGAAGGAGCCAGACUCCGGUGAUGGAAGAAAUAGCAUGGACACCAAUCGGAUACAACAGCAUCCACAUCUAAAGGAAGAAUCGUCUCAUGGUAGAAACAUCAAAAUCCCCCACAUUUAUACACAAUACCCAUCUGCUCAUGUUAAGGAGGAACCACAGUCGUAUACAUAUACUCGCACAGAUCAUACAUCACCGUAUGUGAUUAAGGAGGAACCCACCUCACGGGAUGAAGGAAACACUAUGGACCCAGCCCCGUAUAUACCCGCAGAUCAUACACAACAUCUAUCUGCCAGUAUUAAGGAGGAACCAGACUCUUGUGAUGAAGGAAACGUCAGUGACCCCAACAUUUAUACCCUGAUAGAUAAUACACCACACAAUGUAUGUGCUCAUCCUAAGGAGGAACCCUUCUCGUGUCUUGUAAUCGAACACUCAGAUGAUGCGGAACGCUGCCCAUCCGCUCAUGUUAAGGAAGAACCAGAUCAUCUGGAGCACACGGAAAUUCAUCUACCUACAGAAGGUACCCGGAAAAUAUCUCAGGAAUCGGACUCCGGCGAUGAAAUGGACGCCUCGAAAGAAACUCCCGUGAAUGUCGGUGUCCAACUUUUCGAAGAGGAUGACAUGGAUGCUAGUCAAAAUGGUCACCAUGCCGCCGCUCAGUCCACAGACUUCACCUUUAAGUGCUUCAAGUGUGAACUGUGUUUUACCAAUAAGUCAGACUUUGAGGAACAUCUGGCCCUUCACAGGGGGAAAAAGACUCACGUGUGUUCUCACUGCGGAAAGUGCUUCUCCUACCAGUCUCAGCGCCUCAUACACGAAAGGACUCACACGGGAGAGAAACCUUUCACGUGUUCUGAGUGUGGCAAAUGCUUCAACCAGUAUGUCCACCUGGCCAUCCACCUGAUGAGCCACACGGGGGAGAAGCCCUACGUCUGCUCGGAGUGCGGAAAAAGCUUUAACAGGAAGACGACUCUUACGAUCCACCAGAGAAUCCACACAGGAGAGAAGCCCUUCCAUUGUUCCCAGUGCGGGAAGUAUUUCAAUACCAGCUCGAAUCUCAUCAAACACCAGCGAGUCCACACUGGAGAGAAACCCUACUCGUGUUCCGAGUGCGGAGAACUCUUUGUUCACUACACCCAACUCAUCAGACACCAGACUAACCAUUCGUCCGAAAAGCCCUUUUCGUGUUCCGAGUGCGGGAAAUCAUUUUCCCGGAAGGAGCAGUUCCUCCGGCAUGAAAGGUUUCACAAGGCGCGUAAUACCUAUUCGUGCUCCGAGUGCGCUCAGUGUUUUAAGCAAUACAAAGAUCUCCUGGUUCACCAGGCGGCUCACGUGGGGCCGAACCCCUCUGAGUGUCGGGAGUGCGGGAAACAAUUCGAUAAGAAGUGGACUCUGGAUUCGAAUCCCCAUCCCUGUUCAGAAUGCGGGAAAUCUUUCGGCUUAAGCUCCGACCUGGCUAAACACAAACGUAAGGAGAAUACGUCACGGCCGGGAGGUGGAGGAGAGCUGUUCGGUCACAAGACGCAGCUUGAGGGAUGUCCUACCGGCCCUGGAGAAGAGACCUGGUCGUGUUCUGUGUGCGGGGAACGAUACAGAGAGUGCAGCGCUCUUAUGAAGCACAUGAUGAUCCACAGAUAACACAUGAAUAUCACAAGGCCGGCACUCACCGUAGCAUGAGAUGUUUUUAUUCAGGGUUGGCAGGGACUGACACUGUGGAGGUGCGUUCCGAGAUAGAGAG